ACCUUCAAAAAAGUGACCACAGCAGAAGGACAUAUCGUUCUUGUCGAUUUCUAUGCAGACUGGUGUCAGCCAUGCAAGGUCCUCUCUCCCAUCCUCAAACAACUUACCGAAGAUCUGUCGACCGAGACUGCGUCCCGCCAGCCAUUGGACCUAGUCACCAUUAAUAGCGAUACAGAGGAGGGAAGGGAGCUCUGUCAGUGGUUUAAGGUACGCGUACUUCCCACUGUCGUGGCAUUCCAAGGAGGUAAAGCCAUCAAGACCUUAACCGGCACACUGAGGGAACACCAAGUCCACCAGUUUCUGAGGGAGAUAUGA